AUGGAGAGCUCUAAAUGCCGUGUACAAAUUCAAGUGGAGGAAGAAGAGGAUGACACAGAAGAAAGUUCAAGUGAAGAAGAAGAGGAGGAGGAAGAUAAACUACCUCGAAGAGAGAGCUUGAGACCAAAGAGGAAACGGACCAGAGAUGUGAUCAGUGAGGAUGACCCGGAGCCUGAACCAGAGGAUGAAGAAACAAGGAAGGCCAGAGAGAAGGAGAGGAGGAGGAGGCUGAAGAGAGGAGCGGAAGAAGAAGAAGAAAUUGAUGAAGAAGAAUUGGAAAGGUUGAAGGCAGAGUUAGAUGAGAAAAGACAAAUGAUUGCUACUGUCAAAUGCAAGCCUUGGAAAAUGGAGAAGAAAAUUGAAGUUCUCAAGGAAGCAAAAAAAUUUGUGAGUGAAAAUGAAGGAGCCCUUGGGAAAGGGAAGGGAAAGCGGUGGUUUGCAUUUAAGAUGAUGAUGGCCAAGAAAUGGGCAAAAUUUCUUCGUGAUUUUGAAAACUUCAAAGCUGCUUGCGUCCCGUGGGAAAAUAAAAUCAAGGCAAUUGAAAGUCAGUUUGGCUCAUCCGUGGCCUCCUACUUCCUCUUCUUGAGAUGGAUGUAUGGAGUAAAUAUGGUUCUCUUUAUCCUGACAUUCAGCCUCAUCAUGCUGCCAGAGUACCUCUGGGGUUUGCCAUAUGGCAGUUUACCUAGGAAAACAGUUCCCAGAGCUGAAGAGGCAUCUGCAGCAAACUUUGGUGUGUUGUAUGACUUCAAUGGCUUGGCGCAAUAUUCCAUCCUCUUUUAUGGCUAUUACGACAAUAAACGAACAAUUGGAUGGAUGAAUUUCAGGCUGCCACUCUCCUAUUUUCUGGUGGGGAUCAUGUGCAUUGGAUACAGCUUUCUGGUGGUCCUUAAAGCAAUGACCAAAAAUAUCGGUGACGAUGGGGGUGGUGAUGACAACACGUUCAACUUCAGCUGGAAGGUAUUCACCAGCUGGGACUAUCUGAUUGGCAAUCCAGAAACAGCAGACAACAAAUUCAAUUCCAUCACCAUGAACUUUAAGGAAGCUAUCAUAGAGGAAAGAGCAGCCCAAGUAGAAGAGAACGUGCACUUGAUCAGAUUCCUGAGGUUUCUUGCUAACUUCUUCGUGUUUCUAACACUUGGCGGGAGUGGAUACCUCAUCUUUUGGGCUGUGAAGCGAUCCCAGGAAUUUGCACAGCAAGACCCUGACACCCUUGGGUGGUGGGAAAAGAAUGAAAUGAACAUGGUCAUGUCCCUCCUGGGGAUGUUCUGUCCAACACUUUUUGAUUUAUUUGCUGAAUUGGAAGACUACCAUCCCCUCAUCGCUCUGAAAUGGUUACUGGGACGCAUUUUUGCUCUGCUUUUGGGCAACUUAUAUGUAUUUAUUCUUGCCUUGAUGGAUGAGAUUAACAACAAGAUUGAAGAGGAAAAACUGGUAAAGGCCAAUAUUACCCUCUGGGAAGCCAACAUGAUCAAGGCCUAUAAUGCAUCACUUACUGGAAAUACCACUGGACCACCUUUUUUUGUGCAUCCUGCAGAUGUGCCUCGAGGACCCUGCUGGGAAACCAUGGUGGGACAGGAAUUUGUGCGACUGACUGUUUCUGAUGUUCUGACCACUUAUGUCACGAUCCUCAUUGGGGAUUUUCUCCGGGCAUGUUUUGUGAGGUUUUGCAAUUAUUGCUGGUGCUGGGAUUUGGAAUAUGGAUAUCCCUCAUACACUGAAUUUGACAUCAGCGGCAACGUCCUUGCUCUGAUCUUCAACCAAGGCAUGAUCUGGAUGGGCUCCUUCUUCGCCCCCAGCCUCCCGGGCAUCAAUAUCCUUCGACUCCACACAUCCAUGUACUUCCAGUGCUGGGCCGUGAUGUGUUGCAAUGUUCCUGAGGCCCGUGUCUUCAAAGCUUCCAGAUCAAAUAAUUUCUACCUGGGCAUGCUACUGCUCAUCCUCUUCUUGUCCACCAUGCCGGUCCUGUACAUGAUUGUAUCCCUCCCACCAUCUUUUGACUGUGGCCCCUUCAGUGGCAAAAAUAGGAUGUUCGAAGUCAUUGGAGAAACACUGGAACAUGAUUUCCCAAGCUGGAUGGCCAAGAUCUUGAGACAGCUUUCUAAUCCUGGACUGGUCAUCGCUGUUGUUUUGGUUAUGGCCUUGACCAUCUAUUAUCUCAAUGCUACUGCAAAGGGUCAGAAGGCAGCAAAUUUGGAUCUAAAAAAGAAGAUGAAACAGCAAGCUUUGGAGAACAAGAUGCGCAACAAGAAAAUGGCAGCUGCCCGAGCAGCUGCAGCUGCUGGUGGCCAGUAACUACAGACAAUGCUGGGGCUCAGAAGUACUCCUCAC